ACCAAUAGCAGAGACGAGUGCGAGGCAACGGCUCAAUCCUUUUACUCCGACAAAGCUCAAUCCAUUCUCUCAUAUAUACGCUUCGAACACGCAGCACUGAAUUGUCCCAGGUCUUUUUCUUCACCUACAUACUUAUAAAUUUGAGUCCGUUGUGGGUGUUUAGAAUAUUUUCGAUAUUUAUACGCAAUGGGGAAACUGGGCAAGAAGGCAAGGAAGUUCGCCAAGAAAAAUCUUCAGUCUGUGCUCAAAAGAAAGAGGAAGCUGAAGUCUGUGUUCAAAAAGAGAACUUCUAAACGAGAUGAGCACGAUGCUGCUGAAGACCAAGAAGGCGACGCUAUAGAGCUGUCUAAUGGAAGAAAGCCCGAAGGUGGAGAUAUUGAAGAUAUAUCCCUGGAUGCAAUAUUUAGUGAAGAUGAUAGUGAUCUGAGUGGAGAUGAUUCAGAGAGCGAUGGAUAUCUCUCAGAGGACUCAAAGUGCGCAUAUGUUAUUGAAAGUGGAAGUGAGGAUUAUCUUGAAGGCAACAGAGGUAGUGCUUUAUCAAUGCAAAACGGGGAAAUUCAUUUAGAUCUUGCACAGAAGACAAAAAAAUUGAACAGGUUGAAGGAAAAGGAUCCGGAUUUUGCUAAGCUACUGGAAAGCUAUGAUAAGGGUCUUCAACCUUUCAGAAAUGAAGAGACUUUUUCUGAUGAGGGUGAGACAAUUAACGAAAGCAUGCAGUCAAAUGAGAGCAAGUUUUUGACUAUGUCUGCCCUUAGAUUUUGGUGUCAACUUGCCAAAGAGCAGAAGAGUUUGCCUGCACUAACUAGUCUUAUAAAUGGAUAUCGGACUGUGUGCCACUACGGAACCAAAUCAGAUGUUUUCGGUGCUAAUUCAUAUCAUAUAAUUCAGAACAGUGAAACUUUCUGCGAGAUGUUGAUGUUCAUGCUUCAUGAGGGUGAUAAUAUAUUUCGGGGGCUACUUGGAAUAUCAAGCUCCAAUUGUAAGAAGGAGGCAAUUUUGGAGUUGAAGAAUACUUCAAAAUGGAAAGCUCUGAAGCCACUAAUCAAAUCUUAUUUGAGGAGUACACUGUAUCUCUUGAAUCAAGUUACAGAACAUGAGAUUUUGGCCUUCUCUGUAGCCCGGCUCAGAGCGUCGAUAAUAUAUUUUGCUGCUUUUCCUUCUUUACUGCACAGAUUGGUUAAGAUCUCGGUUCAUUUAUGGGCAACUGGUGAAGGGUCUCUCUCCUCACACUCCUUUCUCAUCAUAAAAGAUGUGGCUUCUGCUUUUAGCUCCAGUUGCUUUGACACUUGUUUGGUUAAAGCAUACAAAGCAUUUAUUGGUCACUGUCAAUUUGUGGAUUCAGUCCUGCUUAAACAUUUUCAGUUUCUGAGAAACUCCUUGGUUGAGCUGUGCUCCCUAGAUGUACAGAAAUCAUCUAAUAAAGCAAUGAUUUGCAUUAAGCAACUUGCUAAAAUACUGCAGCAGGGUCUGCAAACGAAGAAGAAGGAAGCACUCAAGAAAAUAUGCAGUUGGCAAUACACUAAUUGUAUCGAUCUCUGGGUGAUGUUUAUUGCAGCCUGCAUACAUGAUUACGAUCUUCAGCCAUUGCUUUUUAUGCUCAUUCAAAUCAUAAAUGGCGUGGCUCUCCUGUUUCCUGGACCAAGAUAUCUACCUUUGAGGAUUAAAUGCAUCCAAUGGCUGAAUAAUCUCUCCAGUUCUAGUGGGGUUUUCAUUCCUGUUACAUCUUUGGUGUUGGAUGUUUUAGAAUAUAAAGUUGGCAAGGAGGGUGGAAAACGUGGGAAGGCCUUCAAAUUUUCAUCUGCUGUCAAGUUGCCAAAAUAUUGGUUAAAAUCACAAAACUUCCAAGAGGCGUGCGUUUCAUCAGCCAUUGAACUGCUCUCAGUGCACUUUGCUCAAUGGAGCUACCACAUUUCUUUUCCUGAAGUGGCAACUAUUCCUCUCAUCCACCUUAGGAAGUUUCAUGAGAUAACUACUAUUGAGAGGUUCAGGCGUGUGGUGAAGCGUUUUAUUGAUCAGGUUGAGCUGAACGUAGAGUUCGUGCAGAAAAAAAGAGAUGAGGUGGCCUUUUCACCAAAAGAUCAACAAUCUGUUGAAUCGUUCCUCCAGCUAGAGAAGCAUAAUGGCAACUUCCCCUUUACACAAUAUUACAGAAGCAUCAUGGACAACGCUGCUUCUAGAAAUCUGUUUUUGAGUGAAAAGUUUCCUGGAGCGGCAAAAGUGAAAAAAGAACAUACAAAAGCAUCCGGAGAUGGCUUGGUCGAUGUGGGCAUUAAUCGCAACGGAAAUUCAGAGAAAAGAAAGAAAAGUAAAAUAGAUCGGCAUAUUGAUGGCCAGGGAGAUGGAAAGAAACUAAAAGUUUGAGAAUUAAUUGGUCCCCGAGCCAGGACUUUUUGAUUCUAUACGAGAGACUCAAUAGGACAUCUUUCACAAAUUUUUUGAUACAGGCCUAAUUUAGGCAUUUAGAAAUUCUAAUUGUAAAACUAAAAUGCAAAUGCCAAUGUUAAUAUUUGCAGAGGUAAGGUUUGCGGAAA